CAAGCAAUGCAAUCACACCCAAAACCUUGUCUUCAGUUAUUCCCCAUUGAAGCAAGCAAAUUAAUCAUGUUACCUCAAGCAUUAGCUAUACCUGCGUUGCUCCUUCUGAUAUUACUUUUCAUUCUAUCAGUUGCCCUGCUUCUUAAUCCAAAAGAACAUAAAAAUGGUAGGAAAUAUCCACCAGGUCCCAAACCUCUGCCAAUAAUUGGCAACCUCCACCAGCUGGGUAAACUCCCUCACCGAUCCAUGCACGAACUUUCAAAAAAAUAUGGACCCGUCAUGUCCUUAAAGCUAGGAAAGGUCCCAACCAUUGUGAUUUCAUCCCCUGAAACAGCAGAGCUAGUCCUCAAGACCCAUGACAUUGUUUUUGCUAGCAGGCCUAUAACUCAAGCAUCCAAAUACAUUUGUUAUGACAGUAAAGGCAUAAUUUUCACUGAGUAUAAUUCCUACUGGCGAAACAUGAUGAAACUGUGCAUGUUUGAGCUCUUAAACAUGCCGAAAGUUCAAAGCUUUGCUCCUUUAAGGAGGGAGGAAGUAGGACUGUUUGUGGAAUCACUUAAGAAAUCAGCAGCCUCACGUGAGGUUGUGAAUGUCAGUGAGAAAAUUGGGGAUGUUGUAGAGAAUACUGUCCAUAGAAUGAUUUGGGGUAAAUUUGAUGAUAAAUUUGGUGUAAAACAGCUUGCUCGUGACGUUCUGCUCCUCAUGGGAGUUCUUGAUCUGGGAGAUUAUAUACCUUGGGUUGGGGCCUUUGAUCUUCAGGGACUUGUACGAAGGUUCAAGAAAGCGCACAAGAAAUUUGACGAAGUGUUAGAGAUAAUCAUCAAAGAUCACGAGGCUUCUGCUCGCCUUACCGACCAGAAAAGCGUGCAAUCUAUUGACUUCGUUGACAUAUUGCUAUCACAUAUGCACCAAUCAAAGGAUAAACAUGCUAUUACCAAAACAAACAUCAAGGCUAUUUUGUUGGAUAUAAUUAUCGGAGCAGUUGACACAACUAUCAUGUCGGUUGAUUGGAAUAUGGCAGAACUAAUAAGGCACCCAAGGGUUAUGAAGAAACUUCAAGAUGAGUUAAAGAAUGUAGUGGGUAUGGGGAGGAUGGUAGAAGAAGCUGACUUACCAAAGUUGCCAUACCUCGAUAUGGUGAUGAAAGAGACCUUUAGGUUACAUCCACCUGCUCCACUCCUCCCACCUCGUGAGUGUACGGAAGAUAUUACAAUCAAUGGUUAUUUCAUUGCGAAAAAGUCACGAGUUUUAGUCAAUUCUUGGACAUUAGGACGAGAUCCUAAAAUGUGGUCAGAUAAUUUUGAGGAUUUUUAUCCAGAAAGAUUUCAUAACACCGACAUAGAUUCUCAUGGGCACAAUUAUCAAUUUUUACCAUUUGGUUCUGGUCGUAGACGCUGUCCCGGGAUGCUAUUGGGUUUAACUACGGUUCCGUUUCUUCUAGCUCAGCUAGUGCAUUGCUUCAAUUGGGAGCUUCCACCGGGCGUGUCUACUGAUGACAUGGACAUGACUGAGGAAUUUGGCCUUACAACGCCAAGAACUCAGAAUUUGCUAGCGAUUCCAACUUAUCGCUUAAUAAAGAAGGUUAAUUGAAUGCAUUCAACCUCAUGAGAAAGCAGGAAGUUACUUUAAUGUGUUUUUUAAUUUAUUCCUUUCUUUGUUUUUCCUUGAAUAAGAUCUUCAUGUGCUCACAGAGCUUCUUUGCUGCACUUGGAUCGAUCAUACCUAAGAGAUUAGGAUGAUUUUAAAUUUCAGCAGUGUAAUGAUUGUAAUAUUUAAUAAUCCUGUUACUCAUGAUGGGUUUUAAUA